UGGGUAUAAAUAGAAGCUGACAGAUCCAUAAAUUAUACGGAUUAGCAAUACAGAAAAACAAGGAUAAUACUCCGUCCUCUUUAACUUGGAAAAAAGGUUGUUUGAUUGCGUGCUCGUUUUGCUUUUACCUUCUUCCAGAUCGAACUAAUUCAGAUUCGGAUAUAUUUUGUGCCACAAUAUCUCAAGCUAAAGGAAUAUGCUACCUUUGGAGAGAAUGUUAGCUGCCUGAGUACCUUCAUCUACCCUGGCCAGAAGUUCUGACACUUAGUUUCUAAUAGCAGGGAGCUAGAACAGAUAUUUGGUUUGUUGCAUUUUGGGGUUCUCAUUUCCCGAGGGGGGAUCGAAGAGCAUCGGAGCACAAUGCCUUCGGUGCCCACUACACUUCCUAUUGUACCUUCCAUUCUGUUGGCUACUUCUUUGCGUAGUUUAUUAUGUUCCCAUCGUCUUAAACAUCUUGAAAAAAGUGAUCGGCGUGGUAAUCUUAGUUAACAUUAGGCUUUUUUUUUCUUCUUCUGUUUUCACUGAUUUGUGUCUACCUUUGUGUUCCUUUCCUUGCGUCUGUUGGUUUUCCUCUUUAUUAAAGUGCUCACACCUUGUAGAGAGAAAUCAGGAAUUGCUCACUAGGAAGUAGUUGAUUUCCACUCUAGUAGUAUCAAUACUCUUUGAAGUGCUCAUACCUGGUUGUAGGGAAAGUUUGUGAUUGGUUUGCUCACGAAACUUGAGUCUCUGCAAUUCUCUUGUUCUUAUUCAAUGGACAGCGUUGAUGUGGAUGGUAGUGGUACCGAUGAUCAGUCUUCUGCUUUGAAUUCGCAGCAUGCUUGCAGUGGCACUGAAGUAAACAAACUUGGAAGUGCAUUUCAUGAUACUCUGCAAGUGAAAAUUGAGAAUUUGGAAAGUGGCAGGAAUCUGCCGUCAGAUGAUGAUGGUAGUAGCAGUAGUCUUGAAGAUAAAGACAGAGGGUCAAGUGAUAUUGGCUCAGAUCUGGAGGGAUCCAUUGAAACAUCUAGCAAGUGCUUGCACAAGUGCGCUACUUUUCCUGUUGUUGUUAAGGAGGAAGAAACAACAGAGUUUCAGGCUGAAAAUAAAUCUUGCAAGCGCUCUCUGUCUCUUCCAACUGAAAGUAAGCUGGUCUCUGCCUUAAAGGGUGGCCGUGAGAAGGAAGGUGUGCCUCCAAGGAAGCUGAGUGUAUCUUGGGCUCCUGAUGUUUACGAUCCACCACCAACUUCCGUGUCUCACUAUCCAAAGAAGAGGAGUCAGCAGCAGUCUAAGAGUAAUAAGAAACACGGAAAGGGUAAGCAAAAGAGCAAGAACACGCGUAGUGGAGGAAGUGCGACGAAAGACAAGAAGCAUCACCGCAAGGUGAGCGGAAGAUCUGACAGGUGCUUGGACUCGUUUUCAGAUACUGAUAGGGUACUGUCUUCAAACCAUUAUAAAUCUCUAGAUCUGCUGGAUUUUGGUGAUGAUAUUGAUAUUGGCAGCCCUGACUGUUCAAGUAGCUUUCUGGGACAAGCUGGUGGCACCAUGCACUGUGUUUACUGAGCUGCUUACGAGGAUUUUGCCACCAGUUUCGCAUCAACUAUUGGUGUAAAUAAAUAAGUUGGAGACAUUUUCGAGGCUUUUUUCUUUGCUGUGUUUAACUACUUAAGUUGGUUUUUCUUCCCCUAAAACACCCAUGCUUGACUAGUGUCUGUUGGCUGACAAUAUACUGCUUUGGUUGUUAAUAGUAUCUGGGUUGAUCUGUUUAUGCA